CUCCGGCCACGCCGCGCGCCAUGCACGACGCCGCCGUGGCCGCCGUCCACCACGCCCUCGUCGCCUGUGCCGCCGCUGCGCUGCUCGCGCUGGCCGUCGCGCUCUUCCUGCUCUGGCGCAGGAGGCGCGCCGCGGCCGCGAGAGGCACCGACGGUGCCGUGUCCCGCCCCGGCUCCGCGGCCGCGACGACGGCGGCGCCCCUGCCGGUGGUCCCGCUUGCCGACGUCGAGCGCGCCACGGACGGGUUCCACCCGAGCCGGGUCAUCGGGCAGGGGCGGCACUUCGCCGUGUACGCGGCGGGGCCCGGGGUCGCCGCCAAGCGCAUGCACCCGCACCUCGUCCUCGUGGACCCCGGAGGCCGGCGGUUCCCCGCCGCGGUCCGCUCGCUCGCCGUGCCGCCCCACCCGAACCUCGCCGCCAUCGUCGGCCUCACCGAGGGCCCAGGCGAGCGGGUCAUCCUCGUCGAGCGCGCCCCCGUCGGCGCCGCAAGCCUCGACAGGCUCCUCGGCGAGGGCGACGCACGCCACAUCCCCACGCUGUCGUGGCGCCAGCGCGCCGCGGUCGCCGCAGGCGCCGCGCGCGGGCUGGCGCACCUGCACGCGCACGGCGUGGUCCACGGCCGCGUGCGGCCGUGCAACGUUCUCGUGAACGCAUCCACCGGCGGCGGCGGCGCGCGCUGGAGGCACGCGACCAGGCUCACCGACUACGGGCUGGCGGCCUUCCUCGACCGCCGCGACGACGCGCGCGCGGAGGACGACGUGUACAUGUUCGGCGCGGUGCUGCUGGAGCUGCUCACGGGGCGGCGCUGGGACGGCGGCCGGCUCGCGGACUGGGCCCUGCCGCACAUACGCGCCGGCGGCGGCAUGGAGGUGCUCGACGUGGCGCGGGCCGGCGCGCCGGCCGACAAGGCGGAGGCGAGGCUCCUGGCGCGGGCGGCCAGGGUGGCGCUGGCGUGUGUGGGCAACGACGGGCGCAGCCGGCCGGGGAUGCCGGAGGUGUCUACCAUCCUCAGCGACGUGGAGGCCGCGUAUCGGCGCCGCGACGGCGCACCGAUGGGCGAGGACGAGGAAGGCGACGAAGGACGCCUCAGUGGAUGCCUUCUUGGCCCCAGCAGGAGCAUCCACAAGGCGGACACGCUGCUCCGGCCUCCCGUGUGAAUGGAAACCCAAAGCUAUUGAAUUCUUAGGGAAAGUGAUCAACUGAUGACUACUAGUAAUUGGCUAGGAUAGUAGGAAAUGUUCUUGUUUGUUUGAACAUGUAUACAACUUUUUUCUGAAACUUCUUUUUUUCUUUUUGUAAAAAAAUACAGUUACUGCGUAGAUCAUGGGUAGAAUGUACAGGAAAUUUGAGCACCUAGUGGUUUCAAAUUGAUUC